AUUAAAAUUCCGUUCAAUUAUUACUCGACCACCACAGAGUUAUUACCAGGUAACGUCUCUUCUUCCUCUUCUUUCUGUUUCCUGUCUCUCUCCUUCUUCUUCGUCUUCUCGGCUUUCCAUCGAACAGUCAGACCUUUAAUCCAAAUCAGCCCGGCUUUCAAAUUUAUCACUCCAGUUUUGAUCAUUCGAUUGCUCUCAAUUUCCUGUCUUGAUGUUGUUUCUUUUCCUACGUUGACUUCGUCGAUUACAUCUCCUCCACAGCCAUCCCAGGAUAAUGGCACUUCUCCUGGUGAAGCUUCAUUAAGCCCUGCUAGAAAUGGAAAUGGAGAAAUUGAUCAAGUUCCUGCAUCAGAGGAUUCAGUUUCAACUUCAUCGGUUGAUAAAAUAGAGGCGAACGAUCAAGGUGCGUUGAAGGAUGGUUCCAAAUCUGAAGCAACACAAAAUGUUUUGAAUGAACAUGAGGAAUCUCUAGAGAAAACAACAGGCAUUGAAGUUCCUGCAUCAGAGGAUUCAGUUUCAACUUCAUCGGUUGAUAUAAUAGAGGCGAACGAUCAAGGUGCGUUGAAGGAUGGUUCCAAAUCUGAAGCAACACAAAAUGUUUUGAAUGAACAUGAGGAAUCUCUAGAGAAAACAACAGGCAUUGAAGUUCCUGCAUCAGAGGAUUCAGUUUCAACUUCAUCGGUUGAUAUAAUAGAGGCGAACGAUCAAGGUGCGUUGAAGGAUGGUUCCAAAUCUGAAGCAACACAAAAUGUUUUGAAUGAACAUGAGGAAUCUCUAGAGAAAACAACAGGCAUUGAAGUUUCCUCGAAUGGUCUGCAACGUCAAGAGAAAACCGAAGCCAUGCAGGAUUCCUCUGAUGGACAGAAAUCUCAAGGAAAAUCUGAACCCGUACAUAAUUCCUCUGAUGUAGAGCAACCUCAGGAUCCUAUUGAAAGAGCACAACCUGAUGAACCUGCUUUGCCCCAUGUAAAGGUUAGAGUGCAGCAGGAUAAGUCUGCUUCUCCUCAUGCGAAGAUUGCCAGUCCUGCUUUCAGGACACCAAAAUCUAGUGAUUCCCCUCGACUUUCCCCUCGACUUGUUAAACAGGCUGAUAUAAACAGAGGUCUAAUUGAUACGGCAGCUCCUUUUGAAUCUGUUAAAGAAGCUGUUUCUAAGUUUGGAGGAAUUGUUGAUUGGAAAGCCCAUAGAAUCCAGACUGUAGAGAGACGCAAGCUCGUAGACCAAGAAUUAGAGACAGUGCAGGUGGAGAUGCCUGAGUACAAGAAACGAUCAGAGGCUGCUGAAGAGGAAAAAACACAAGUUCUUAAGGAGUUGGACAACACUAAGAGACUAAUUGAAGAGCUAAAGCUCAAUCUGGAGAGGGCACAGACAGAAGAGCAUCAGGCAAAACAAGAUUCUGAGCUUGUCAAGCUCAGGGUGGAAGAAAUGGAACAGGGGAUUGCUGAUGAAGCUAGUGUUGCAGCCAAGGCACAACUUGAGGUUGCUAAAGCCAGGCAUUCAGCUGCCGUAUCGGAACUAAAGGCUGUUAAUGAUGAGUUGGAAGCACUGCACAAGGAAUAUACUUCUUUGGUUAGUGAGAAAGAUGAAGCUGUGAAAAAAGCUGAAGUGGCUGUUUCUGCAUCCAAGGAAGUUGAGAAGACUGUAGAGGAACUCACUAUUGAGCUGAUUGCUACAAAGGAAUCCUUAGAGUCUGCUCAUGCUGCUCAUCUGGAGGCAGAGGAGCAAAGAAUAGGAGCAAUCAUGGCCAAGGAGCAAGAUUCUCUUCACUGGGAGAAGGAAUUAAAGCAAGCAGAAGAGGAGCUCCAGAGACUUAACCAACAAAUUCUUUCAGCAAAAGAUCUCAAAUCAAAACUAGACACUGCUUCAGCUUUGUUAGUUGAUUUGAAAACUGAGUUAGCAGCGUAUAUGGAAUCUAAAAUAAAGGAUGAAACUGAAGGAGAACCAAGAGCUGAGCAAGAGGAACCCGAGAAAAAAACUCACACCAACAUACAAGCAACAGUUGCUUCAGCAAAGAAGGAACUGGAAGAAGUAAAACUCAACAUUGAGAAAGCAACUGCUGAAGUAAAUUGCUUGAAGGUGGCUGCCUUAUCGUUACAAACAGAGCUUGAAAAAGAAAAACUGGCUCUUUCCACCAUUAAGCAGAGAGAAGGAAUGGCCUCAGUAACAGUUGCUUCUCUUCAGGCUGAGCUGGACAAAACUAGGUCAGAAACAGCCCGGGUUCAGAUGAAAGAGAAAGAAGCCAGGGAAAAAAUGAUCGAGAUUCCCAAGAAACUGCAGCAGGCAGCGGAAGCAGCUGAUGAGGCCAAGUCACUUGCUCAAAUGGCUCGUGAAGAGUUGCGAAAGGCGAAGGAAGAAGCAGAACAAGCAAAGGCUGGCGCAAGUACGAUGGAGAGUAGAUUACUUGCAGCUCAAAAGGAGAUAGAAGCUUCCAGGGCCUCUGAAAAAUUGGCAUUAGCAGCCAUUAAAGCUUUGCAAGAGAGUGAAUCUGCUCACAGCACCAGCGAUGUGGAUACACCUACCAGUGUAACACUUUCUUUAGAAGAGUACUAUGAGCUCAGCAAGCUCGCCCAUGAAGCAGAGGAGCAGGCCAACCUGAGGGUAGCAGCUGCUAUUUCUCAAAUUGAGGUAGCCAAGGAAUCCGAGUCAAGAACUGCAGAGAAGUUGGAACAAGUGAAUCAAGAGAUGAGUGCAAGAAAGGAAGCUCUGAAAAUUGCAAUGGAUAAGGCUGAGCAGGCCAAGGAAGGGAAGUUGGGUGUAGAACAGGAGUUGAGAAAGUGGAGAGCUGAACAUGAGCAACAGCGAAGGGCUAGUGAAUCUGGUCAGGGAGCCGCAAACCCCAUUAAAACCCCAGGGGCAAGCUUUGAGGACAGGAAAGAAUCAAAGAACUUCGACCGUGCACCAGAUACUGCUGUGGGUUAUGCUUCAAGUCCAAAAUCGCAUGUACCUGGAAGUAACACGGAAACCGAUUCCUCUCCAGAAGUAAAGGUUCCAAGGAAGAAGAAGAAAUCAUUGUUCCCACGAUUGUUACUGUUUUUAGCAAGGAAGAAGUCGCAUGCAUCGAAGACAGGGUAAUUUCUUGCUGAAAACAGAUGUGUUUUCCUUCCUGCUAUGAUUUUACCUGUCUAUACUGGGCAUUUUUUUUCUCACAUUGACCACAAACCCGGAUACGAAAAGAUGGGAGUUCUUACUCAUGUAAAUGGGGGAGUUCAUUGUUUUAUAUUGUUGUCUCACUCAAAGGCAUAGUUGCAUGGCUGGUUGGCCUUGGAGGAGGAAACAAUUUCAGAAUACAGUUCUCUUUGUUUCAGAUGGACAUUUAACCAGGUGGUUCUGUGAUGUAUAGGCUUUGGACAUUUGAACAUCGAAUCAUUUUAAAGGUGUGAGCUUGGUUUAAUCAAAGAAGUUGGUCAAUUUGUAUGUUUGUGAGAAACAAGAUUGGACUUUUCUCCUGUAUUAUAUGCUUUGAUUUCUGUGGAUGCUGAGAUUAUUCGAUGCUGGAACCUUAUGAUGGUUCUGAAAAAAUGGAGUUCUUUCCGAAUUUUUUUACUCGGUAGGUAAAAAUAGGAACCGUUUGAUAGCUUAGAACCAAAUUGCAUGGUGCGUUUUGCUGGACUUCAGUAUCAGCAUCAAUCCAUGUCUACUUGACAAGUUGAACAAAGUAAGGCUCUCUCUUGAAAAAUAAUGACUCCACAGCUCGACACCGAGAAACGGAGCUCCCCCAAAGCUUGCUGUAGGGCCGCCCUUGGGAACAAGCUUGUGCAUCUAAACAAUUUUUUUUAAGAAAAAGAGAAAAAAAACAGAACAUAAAUGUAUUUUUGUUCGAUUGACUGACUUUGUACAUGGAGUUGUUUGUCUAUCCAAGGGAGUUUCACCUCUCGGUACAUAUAUAUUCGAGUUCU